UCAGCCGCUCGCGCCGCCGCCGCCACCCGCCGCGUCGCCGCCUCCGCCGCCGCCCGCCGCCGCCGCCUCGCCGAGGGAAGGGAAGCGUAUCGUAUGUCCGCUAUCCAGAACCUCCAACCCUUCGACCCCUUUGCUGAUGCAAGUAAGGGUGAUGACCUGCUUCCUGCCGGCACUGAGGACUACAUCCAUAUAAGGAUCCAGCAGCGGAACGGCAGGAAGACCCUCACCACUGUCCAGGGCAUCGCGGAUGAUUACGAUAAAAAGAAACUGGUGAAGGCGUUCAAGAAGAAAUUUGCCUGCAAUGGUACUGUGAUCGAGCACCCUGAGUAUGGAGAAGUGAUUCAGCUGCAGGGCGACCAGCGCAAGAACAUCUGCCAGUUCCUCGUCGAGAUUGGACUGGCCAAAGACGACCAGCUGAAAGUCCAUGGGUUUUAAGUGCCCAUGGGCCACUGAAGCUUUAUGCAAGAAGAUUUCCUUACAAUGAGAUUCCCAUCUGUCCCUUGUCAUAAGUUUAAAACCAGUCGGUUUGUGUAAUGUAACAUUCUUGGGUCCACUGUUCAGUCUGGACUGGUGUAAUUCAGUGAUGUAAUAAACUGACAAGAGCCCAUGCUAUCUCGUCUUGCUGUCCCUCAUUUAACAGAGGUAAUUUGGGCGUUUAGCUUCAGGCUGGAUAACGCCACAAGUGCCCGGCUGCUCCCCACUGAGCCCAGGGACUGCCCCCAUCUCUGCCCCCCCAGUGGCCCUCUCGUUUCCAUGGGCAAUGACCAUGGUGGCCCUGCAGCAAGGUGCCGAGCUGCGGCACGGCCGGGGCAGACAGGACCCUCUCUGUAGGCUGCCUCAUUCCUGGUGGUAGAGGGAUCUGGGGAAGCUGAGUAGGAGUGACCUCAAGGCUGGAUGUCUGCAAUCCUGGCCUGGCAGGUGCUGAUGUCACGCAAGGCCAAAGAGUGUGGGCUGCUGUACCUGAAGGAACCAUCGCCCUGGCUUAAACUUCUGACAAGGGAUCAAUUUUGGACUAAUGUAACAAGUAUCAUUGUAAAUAGAGCCGCAGAGCUUACGUGUUACUAGCAACUGCUGCCUAAUGCCCUGUGAAGUAACAGAUUUUUGGUUUCAUUUUUAAUGUUUUAUGUAAUGUAUUUAAAGUCUUAUUUAAA